CUAGAGUACAGAUCUCCAUCGCCUCUGCCGCCUGUCGCUCUUCCACCAAGGAAAGAUUCCCUCCUCCGACAUGGCCGGCGACCUGCGCCAGCGUCGCGCCGCGGGGGACGCCAGCGGGGAGGAGGAGCGCGCCAAGGCGGGCACGUCGUCCGGCGGCGGCGGCGGGGUCGAGGAGGCGGCGGAGCGCGGGAGCGGGGGCAGGAAGGAGGCGCUGGGGUGGCUGGAGUGGAGCCGCGGCUGGCUCGCCGCCGUGGGGGAGUUCUUCUUCCAGCGGAUCGCCGCCAGCCACCUCGCCAACCCGCUCGAGCUGCCCCCGCUCGACGGCGUCUCCAUCAUCGUCACCGGCGCCACCAGCGGCAUCGGCCUCGAGAUCGCAAGGCAACUCGCACAAGCAGGAGCCCAUGUUGUGAUGGCAGUUAGGAGACCCAAGACAGCACAUGAGCUGAUCCAGAAAUGGCAGAAUGAAAAAUCAGAAUGUUCCAUGCCACUUAAUGUCGAGGUAAUGGAGCUGGAUUUGAUCCUAGACUCAGUUGUAAAAUUUGCUGAUGCUUGGAAUGCCCGUAUGGCACCCCUACAUGUAUUGAUCAACAAUGCUGGCAUUUUCGCUAUAGGAGAGCCUCAGCGUUUUUCAAAGGAUGGAUAUGAACAACAUAUGCACGUGAACCAUCUUGCACCAGCUUUACUAGCAAUGUUGCUUCUACCUUCCCUUAUCAGGGGCUCCCCAAGCAGAAUUAUAAAUGUCAAUUCAGUCAUGCACACACUAGGUUUUGUAGAUGCUGAAGAUAUGAACCUUACAUCUGGAAAGCACAAGUACAGAAGUUGGUUGGGAUACUCAAAUAGCAAGUUAGCACAGGUAAAAUUUAGCAGCAUAUUUCAUAAGAGAAUUCCUGCAGAGGCUGGUGUCCAUAUUGUUUGCACCUCUCCUGGGAUUGUCCACACAAAUGUUGCGCGGGACCUCCCUAAGAUUCUUGUAGCUGGAUAUGGUCUCAUUCCCUACUUCAUAUUUGAUGCUCAAGAAGGAUCAAGAAGUACAUUGUUUGCAGCAUCUGACCCCCAAGUUCCGGAAUACUGCGAGACAUUGAAGUCCGAAGACUGGCCUGUCUGUGCAUGCAUUAACUAUGACUGCAAUCCAAUGAAUGCCUCGGAAGAAGCACACAACCUCGAUACAUCACACCUUGUCUGGGAAAAGACACUCGAGAUGAUCGGCCUCCCAUCCGAUGCUCUGGAGAAGCUCAUCGCGGGUGAAUCGGUUCAGUGCCGCUACGGAGCAGAGAAGUCGGAAUAGGGAGGAUAUGUACUGCCAUACAAAUAAAUAGGAUGGAUAUCUCAAAACGCAUGAUCAGCCUGAUCUAAUUCAUUUUUAGUUUCUAGUUCAGUGGUGGUUCUAAUUAAGUACUUGAUUGGAGUACCUUUGUUAUACCAAGAGGUAUAGACUGCAACCAGUCCGCACUUGUUCCUAUGCAUCUGUGUGCUUGUUACGGGUGAUAGAAUUGUAGAGUUUUGUGUUGUAAAAACAUAUUUUGGUGGCCAUUAUAGUACUGCCUGGGAAUUAAUGAGAAAUCUUUAUGAAAAAAUGUAUAUUUUCAAAGAUCA